GCCAGGAGGAGGAACGACGAGCAGCCGCACGCGCACGAGCACCACAGGAUUAUUCUUUUAUGGCGCGCGCAAGGGAGAUUUGGACCAAUCGCAAAGUUUCGGCCCCCUACCUGACGCUUGGGAACUUGGCUGAGUUCUUACACGCUUUCAUCACCGCGGUUGUGGAGCCCUUGUACACCAAAUCGCUGUUUCUUGCUGCCAGUGCUACCACUGGAAAAGCCUUAUGGUUCAAUCGAAUCAUCUCCGAAUCCCUCUACAACCUGUUCCCACUCGUCCACUAGUAGAAGUGCUAGUUGUAUCUAUAUUAACUACUUAGUACUAGAAGUUGUACUACUCUCUAAUUGAAAUCCACGGAAAUAAAAAAGCAGCAACACUGUCUCCUGAUGUCUUGCGGCUUAGCACAGAGCGCUAUUUGCUGCUACUGGACUGGGUCGCGGACACCACGCCUACUGCCGAGAGACUCCGUUUCAAUGUGGCUACUGAAGCCAAUUUGCUAGUACUCGGGAAAUUGAAGAAUUUAGCGAGUGUGGGAGAAAGUUUUUUGACGUACUAACUUCAUUGUAAUUUGUUUUUUUGAUACGAUACGCAAACGCAGCAUACAUAACUGUAAGCUGCUUUUGUCGUAGCUUUUUGAGAACAUAAUCGUUCCACCUGACUGCUUCUAUUUUACUCACUCGUACCUUUUGCGUACUGUUAUUUCAAUCAAUUUACAUCACAUCCAAUGCAAAAAACAAUAUCACCAGGGAGAAUCCGUCGCUGCCAUCACUGGGCCAAACUGCUGUUGCGUCGUUUUCCUCAACUUCCGAACAUCAAGGAAUAAUGAAUCAUGGAGAUGAUCCUGUACUACCGAAUCCAUUUUCGACAUCGACUAUGCCAUUGGUGAUCAUGUACCAGCCUAUUGACUUCCGGAGGCAUGCUGGGGGUCUUCCUCAUCCUGGUACUAACUUUCUACAAGAUGUGGGUGGACAAGGACAUGCAACACUCGGGUUACAAGCCACUUCUUCGUCUCCAAUUAGGGGUAUGAAUUAAACAACCUAUCAAUCGCUAAACCCACACCUAGAUAAAGUGCCUCUGCUUCCCUCUAGAAGUUCUAUUAUCAUCAAACGGUUGAUAUUCUUCGAGUUCCUCAACUGCAACAAUGUCUUGUUCUAAAAAUAGAAAUUCUUUAAGGAGAUCAAUUUCCUUAAGGAAGGCACUUAAGCAAGCCUCUCAAGGAGUCUAGAAAAGUUGCCUACACUAUAAAUAAGAACAAAAGACACCUCCAGAACAGGUAAAUGAAUGAAUGAAUGAAUGAAAGCACUAAUAUCAUGCAUGGUCUGCCACUUCUAAUCUUGGUUUUCCCCCCACCUCCUUGCUGGAUAGUGCGGAGACAUUACUUGCGAAUGUGAAUAUCGAGGACAUUAAGACGCCAUCCGGUUCCGAGGCGGAUAACGACGAAUUUCUUGGAGCCCUACGAAACCAGUUUGAACAAGGCUUGAGGUUAUCAUCCUCCCCCUCACCGAUUUUGGGAGGUGGUAGCAACACAGGUCCUGUCACGGUUUAUUCACCGAGGAGCUGUACUAACAGUAGUGUUGGUCCUUCUGGUGGUGUAGUUGGUGGAAAUGAGUAUUAUUCUGGCGAGUGUCCUAGUCCUACUGCCCCUAGUCCUCCAACUCAAAACAACUCUCGGAAUUUAACGGAAGAAAGGGAACUGUUCCCGGAAGUUCACC